AUGUCAGCUGCUGCCAUCCAUUCUACUCCUUCAGUCCAAUCCAUAGCUGAAGGAUUAUCAAAAUUAGGUUUGGAACAACCAGAAACUAUUAAAGAUUCCAAUCCAGACUUUAACAUCUUGGAUGUUUUGAGAAACUAUAUUACCACUGAAUUGCAUGCAGUUAGUGGUGUUGAUAAGGCCAUCAUUUUUGAUGCUUUAAACAUUCCUGCAACUUUAGAUAAAGGGGAUUUACUUGUUCCAUUACCAAGAUUGAGAUUGAAAGGUAUCGAUUUAAAAGCUAAAGCUAUUGAGUGGUCUGAAAAUUUCAACAAGGGUAAAUUUUUAUCAGAAGUUAGACCUGAAGGUCAAUUUUUGCAAUUUUACUUCAAUAAAUCUCUUUUAUAUAAUACUGUUAUUAGAGAUACUUUAUUGAGAACUACUGAAUAUGGUGCUUUACCUUUAGGCGUUGGUAAGAAAAUCAUUGUUGAAUUUUCGUCUCCAAACAUUGCUAAGCCUUUCCAUGCUGGUCAUUUAAGAUCAACCAUUAUUGGUGGGUUUUUAUCUAACUUAUAUGAAAAAGCUGGUUGGGAUGUUACCAGAAUCAAUUAUUUGGGUGAUUGGGGUAAACAAUUUGGUAUUUUAGCAAUUGGUUUCUCUAAAUACGGUAGUGAAGAAUUAUUAGCUAAAGAUCCAAUUAAUCAUUUAUUUGAUGUUUAUGUCAAAAUUAAUAAAGAUAUCACCGAAGAAGGUGAAGAUAAAGAAGAUGGUACCAAUGCUAAAGCUAGAGACUAUUUUAAAAAAAUGGAAAAUGGUGAUGAAGAAGCUUUAGCUAUCUGGAAAAGAUUCAGAGAAUUAUCCAUUGAAAAAUAUGUUGAUACUUAUGGUCGUCUUAAUAUUAAAUACGAUGUUUACUCUGGUGAAUCUCAAGUUUCUCGUGAAAGUAUGCAAAAUGCUACUCAAAUCUUUGCUGAUAAAGGUUUAAUUCAUGAAGAUAGAGGGGCCAAAUUAAUUGACUUGACUAAAUUCAAUAAAAAAUUAGGUAAAUGUUUAGUUGAAAAAUCAGAUGGUACCUCAUUAUACUUGACUAGAGAUGUUGGUGAAGCUAUUAAACGUUAUGAUCAAUAUAAAUUUGAUAAAAUGAUUUAUGUCAUCGCCUCUCAACAAGAUUUACAUGUUGCUCAAUUUUUUGAAAUUUUAAAACAAAUGAAUUUCCCAUGGGCUAAGAAUUUAGAACAUGUUAAUUUUGGUAUGGUUCAAGGUAUGUCCACUAGAAAAGGUACCGUUGUCUUUUUAGAUAACAUCUUGGAAGAAACUAAAGAAAAAAUGCAUGAAGUCAUGAAAAAGAAUGAAGAUAAAUAUAAACAAAUUGAAAACCCUGAUAAGAUUGCUGACUUAAUCGGUAUUUCUGCUGUUAUGAUUCAAGACAUGCAAUCUAAACGUAUUAAUAACUACGAAUUUAAAUGGGAUAGAAUGACCUCUUUUGAAGGUGACACUGGUCCUUACUUACAAUACGCUCACUCCCGUUUGAGAUCAGUUCAAAGAAAAUCUAACAUCGAUGAAUCUAAAUUAGCUGAUGCGAACUACGACUUAUUGGUCGAACCAUGUGCUGAAAACUUGAUUAGGACCUUGGCCCAAUACCCAGAUACCAUCAAGAAAGCCUUGAAAAAUCACGAACCAUCAACUAUCGUCACCUACUUAUUCAGUUUGACCCAUAUUGUCUCUCAAUGUUACGAUAUCUUAUGGGUUGCCGGUCAAACUGAAGAAUUGGCUACCGCUAGAUUAGCUUUAUACGCUUCCGCUAGACAAGUCUUAUAUAACGGUAUGGUCUUGUUAGGUUUGACCCCUGUUGAUAGAAUGUAA